AUUUUUUUCUCUCAGGCACAAAUCCUCAUCUCUACCAUCGCCGCGCCAAUCCCCGUCGACGGACAGUUCGACGGCACUCGUAGAUCUGGUUGCCCGCCGCUUCGGAGUAGUCGAUCCAAUCCGGCACCAUGGCAGCCGCUAACGCGUCGAUUACCAUGAAGGAAGUGUUGAUUCUUCCAAGCAUUGGGAUUAGUCCGCUUCAUUAGAGUUCACAAUGGCGGUUUAAUGUUCUCAGUUCUCACCGCUACCAAGCA